AGGGGUGGUGGGGGGGACAUCACCACCACCACCAUCACCCCAAUACCCAUGAUAAAGAUAGAUCCAUUUGUAGACACCCCACCCCAUAGACAGUGACCGUCUUCUCAACGACGGCUGAGUGAAUCGCCGUGCUGUGCAAGCAAGGGGGCCCUCCUCAUCUUACAAGGGGGAGAGUGUUACGAGAUCUGCAACCAUGGGGAUUCACCCUCUGAUCCAGGCGUUAAUUGACACCAGUGCGGGCACGGCAGGUGGCAUAGCCUGCGUCUACAGCGGGCAGCCAUUUGACACGGCCAAGGUGAAAAUGCAGACCUUUCCCAAGCUGUACAAUGGCUUUGUGAGCUGCCUGGGCCAGACGUACCGCGCCGAGGGCAUGUGGGGCCUCUACCGUGGCAGCUUCCCCGCUCUCAUCGCCAACAUCGGCGAGAAUGCCAUGCUUUUCCUCUGCUAUGGCUUCUGCCAGCGCCUAGUGGCAAGGCUUUCUCACCUCCAGGAGGGCAGUCGACUCAGUAACAUGCAGAUGGCCACAGCCGGUUCCCUCGCGGCCGGGUUCACGGCGAUCGUCAUCUGCCCCUUGGAGCUCGUCAAGUGCCGCAUGCAGGCCAUGCGGGAAAUGCACGCAGCCGGCAAGACCGUGUUCACCAUGGCCGAUUGUACGGCCGUGGCGGUGACGAGGAAUGUUCUCCGUGUCGACGGCCUCUUGGGGCUUUAUAAUGGGCUCAGCAGCACGUGGAUGCGCGACAUGCCGGGCUACUUCUGCUUCUUCUGGGGCAACGAGGUGUGCAAGACACUUUUCACGCCACCCGGCAAGACCAAAGACGACCUGGGCGCAUUCCCACUCCUGGUGAGUGGCGGGAUGGCAGGCGUUUUCCUGUGGGUGGUCGUUUACCCCUUGGACAGCGUGAAGUCCCGCAUACAAGUCAUGUCCAUGUCGAGCCGCCAGCCUGGUUUCCUCGCCGCUACAGCCUCUAUCAUCCGUACUGAUGGCAUAAUGGCUCUCUAUUCCGGGUUCACCCCGACCAUCAUCCGAGCCUUCCCGGCUAACGCUGCGCUGUUCCUCGCCUACGAGUUAACCAGGUCGUCCUUGAUGCGCCGAGUGCAGUAGGCUCAGCAGAAGAGAAGGUCUACACGACAACGGAGGAGUCCGCAGUGAGGAAGCGUGGAGCACACUGGACGUGGACUGAUGGACGAAUACACCUCUCACGGAAUGGUUACUGGGUCACGGGCAGUGCGGGAAGCAUCUGUUGUAGCACUUGUGUGCUUUUGUUUGACGUCACAGUUUUAUCGCUAUUUUUUUCUUUUUUUGUUUCUACCUAAUGCCUCCUCUCUUUUAGAUUCCUCCUCAUAAAGCAACCACAGAUGGAUGCGAUGUUCCAAGAUGCAGCUAUGCUUAUGCGAGGCAUAGCUCUGUUGGUGCUACUAACGCUUCGAGUGUAGUAUGUUAAACCCCGGUGAGAACUCAAGAGACCGGGGAUAAGUCUCGUUUUGCAAGCGUAACCUGCGUUACCAAAAUGAUAAGCAAAGCAAAUAAAGUACAGCAAUGAAGCAAAUAUAAAUCACAGGACGUUUACAAUGACGGGCCACUUUCGUGGACCCCAAUUCCAGCAGGCAUGGUGUUAUUUAGAAGCGCGUAUCUUCGCCUUGACAUUGGGCCAAAUUUGGGCGUGGUGUGCUCUUCUGACAAUUUUGUAUCAAUGUGAUCGGAUAUGUUUUUGAUAUGAACACACCCCAGAGCUCAAUAUCUGUUAAUGGCAUUUAUAUUGAUCUGUAUAGAGUGCAAAUAGAAAAAGAACUGUGUGUGCAGUGCGCCUGCGUGUUGGUUACUCUUCUGCCAUUUUGUUCAGCGGUGCGUUAUUGUAAAUUGCACUAAAAGAAAUGCAAUAUCCUUUUCUGCAACAUUGUCAGACAUUAACGAAGCCGUUAUUGAUGAUUUAUUCAACUUUAUAACCUUGCAAAACUGUGUGCUUUCAAAACCCAGCCAUUGAGAGUUGAUGGAAGUUAUUUUUAAAACAUUAAGAUUAUUUUCUAGUUUAUGUUAUGUAGUUGCAGCACAUCAUAAUGUGUGACCAAUUCAUCGCAUCUUUAUACAAAUUUCUCUAUGUUCAACAGCCACAGGAAAUACAAUGAGUGUGCAGUUUUUAAUGUUAACGAGCACUUGUCAGCAUGCAAUGCCUAAUCGUAGACGUCAAUAAGGACUGAAACUGACCCUUUCAGUAGAGUAAUUAUAUACCAGGGGCGGGCAAAUUUUUUGACUCGCAGGCCACAAUGGGUUCUAAAAUUUGACAGAGGAUUCUAAUAUAAAUGACAUGUGAAAAUCAUUACAUGAAAGGAUUUGGCCUUUAGCAGGUAGCAAAGCAUUUAUU